GAUGUGAGGCUGCUAAUCUCCCCUCAUCCACUUCCACCUUCCCUGUUCCUCUCACUUCAACUACUACUACCUCUUCUGCUCAAAAAUGGCUUUCAUUUCCAUCAAACUCCAUUUACAUACCCUUCAAACGUCAAAACCUCCAUCCCUAUUCCCGCCAACUGAAACUCCCAACCCAUCUUUUCCAUUCCCUACAAAACAGAAGAAUCGCCAGUCUCAUCUCUUUAUCUUCCAUCCAAACCCUCUGCACAAAGCAAAAGUUCUUCGUUUUUCCCUCAAAUGUUCUCUCUCUUCUCCUACCCCACCCACCUCCAAAGAAGAAGCCAUCCUUCAAGCCAAGACCUCCCUCUCAACCACCUUAGAGAAGCCACUCAACAACCCCAAACUCGCCGGAAAACUCAAGAAACUGAAGCAGCCCAGGUUCCGGGUCGAAAUCCCAGUCAUCGAUGACUCACCGGGUUCACUCUCUCAGCUCGCUCUCGACGUCUUUGGAGACAUACCCAUCAAAAGAAAAGGCUUACCAGUCAAGAUUUUAGUCCUCUGGCCCAACCCCAACUUAACAGAAGCUGCCAUUAUGGCAUUUGACUCUCUCUCUUCAAACACGGUUGAACAUAAUGAUUUUUCGUCAGUUACCAAUGAGGACACCAGAUUUUUGAAUUCUGCUGAUGUGGUAGUGUUUUUGGCGCCUGAAGCUUCUCAGUUGGCAGUUAUGAAAACCGUUACUGACAGUUUAUAUCCAAAGCCAGUGGUAAUUUUCAACCCCCAAUGGGGAUUUGAGGAGGAGAGCAGUUUUGGUGAGUUGAGAGGCUUUGUGGGCUCAUUUGAGGUGGUGUAUUCAUUUGUGGGGUUGGAGGUUAGAGGGGUUUUGAGUAAGAGAAAAGGUAUGAUCUUCAAAUGUGUUAGAGAUGGGGUUUUGAGUGGUGAGGGGUGGAGUGUGUUGGUUGAAGAAGGAGGAGAGUUGAAAGUGGCUUCAAGGUUCAAGGAGCGGCCAUCGAUCACUGAAGUUGAGAAUGUUUUAUAUAACUUAAUGGCAAUUAAUUCGCCAAUUACCAAGUCUGCAAAGUUUUUUAAGGAACUGGUGUCAAAUGUAACCGGAAAGAAGAAGUAAGUGCGAUUGGAAAACUGAAAUGUUCCUCUCAAAUUUUGUUCAAUGAUAUGUGUCUGAUGAAGAUGUUGAGAAGCUUUUUGUUUAAAUGCUUGACUGAAAUCUGUUGAACUAAACUCUUGUUAACCCUGUGUAGUUUUUCUUUUAUACAUUUACUGUUAAAUUGAUGUAAGUGAAACAUGGUUCUGUUUCUUUAUGCAUGUCUAGACUUGUAUAAUAAAAGAAUGAACCACAAUUAGAAAAGGGUGAAUUAAUCUUAUUUUAUUUCUCUAUCACAGUCAUUAUACUGUUCCUUGGCGUAUAUUGCAAUUAGUGCUUGAUAUAAUAAUCUCUUAGUUUCUUGGUAUGUAUUAUUUUGGUUUUCGCAAAGCUUAUAUGUUUCUCGAUUGUUGUCUCCAGCAAGGAAUCAAACAUAAGAUUUCAGAAAUCGCAUAUUAUCUGUACUAGCACUUGCAUAAAAACUUUCAGGUUGAAAAAUAUAAUAUCCUUACUGGAGAAAAAGGUAUAAUACUUUACAACACAGAACUCCUAGCGAGAAAGCAGAGUUCAUAAAACUCAAGCAUGGGGAUGUUAUCAUCAUGCAUCCAGAAUUGUAGCGACCUUGAAUUUGUGAGAACUCUCCCCUGUAUUUCAACUUUCUCACAUACUAGCAAAAGGGUCAACAUCUUCUCUGAGUCUAUUCUCGGAUUCUCUAAUAUGACAGAUUUUGAUGAAUUCAUCAGCAAAGUUGACAUACUUGCUCCAUAGUGGCCGAAGUUGGGGGAAUGCAAUAUCCAGCCAAGGCUUUGCUCGGCCAUUGAAGUGGAUGACACCGGCAUUUUUUGCAUCUGUGAUGCUUGUGUUAUCCUGGUACCCAAGUCCCAGCAUGUGCCAGAAGGGAUCAAUAAUGUGCACAUGACCAUGGAAUGCAAUUAGACCUGGAGGUAACGUCCCUAGUUGCCACAAACUUAGA